AUGCCUCAGGUCGCCUUUGGCCACCCGUAUGCUCUCAAGAGGCGCCACGCAGUCUCAUCUUCGUCGCGUAACACCGCCGACACUCACACCACCGCCUCGAAUACCUACGCUUAUUUCCCGACCAAGCAUUCCCGCACAGACCCGCGGAAGCCGCCAGAAUACGACUACGACCCGAAACUUGGUGACCCAUGGUACCACCACCGACUGCGCAACGCGAAGCCUCUCUUCAGAGGCAACGCGAAGACCGUCCUGCGCUCCCCGCGGACUCACACCGUCGUCGUAGUCUCCAUCGCCCUCGCAGUGGCCUUCUACUACUACAACCUCGAGGUGGUGCCCGUGUCCGGGCGCAAACGCUUCAACUGCUACUCGGAGAACACAGUCAGGCAGAUGUCGGAUAUGCAAUAUAAGCGGCUGAUCUACGAGAUGGAGCGGUCGGGUACGCGCUUCCUGGGCGACUGGGACCCGCGCACACUGAUGGUGCGGCGCGUUAUGUCGAGGCUGAUCCCCGUGAGCGGCGUGGACGAAGGUGAGGACGGUGUCAGCUGGGAGGUGCACGUCAUCGACGACCGCUCCACCGCCAACGCCUUCGUUCUGCCCGGCGGCAAGGUCUUUGUCUACAGCGGCAUCCUGGGGCUCGCCCGUACCGAGAGCCAGCUCGCCGCAGUGCUCGGCCACGAGAUCGCCCACAACCUCGCCAAGCACUUUGGCGAGCGCCUGUCGCAGUCCAUCGGGGAGUCCUUCUUUCUCGGCUCCGCCCUCAUGCUGCUGGCCGCCACCCCGCUGAUGUUCGUCGCCGGCUGGUUGUUUGGUGGGGACCUGCUGGGCCUGCUAUUCUCUCGUCCCAUGGGUCGCAUGCAGGAGAGCGAGGCCGACUAUAUCGGGCUGAUGAUGAUGGCCGAGGCGUGCUAUGACCCGCGCGAGGCGGUGACUUUCUGGCAAAGGAUGGACCGGAUGCAUCAGCGGAGCGACGUCGAGGUACCGGAGUGGGCGUCGACACACCCGUCGAACCAGCAUCGCAUUGAGCGGAUCACUGAGUGGCUUCCCAAGGCUAUUGAGAAGCAGCAGCAGAGCGACUGUCAUGGCACACAGGGCUUUGCGGAGAUGUUUAGAAGGGCCAUGGCCAGGGGAGAUGUAAUAAGCGGCGGUAUGUAG